CGUCCCUCGCAUUGUUUACACCGGUGGUCCUCCCCUCCCCCAUACACUCAUCCCUCCUUUCUUUCACUCACUCCAUCCCCCUCUUCCAACUCCUCCUUCUCCCUCUCUACCGCUAUUCCCAACAGCUGAUUUCCAGAUCAGAGAGAGUGGAACACGGCGAGACAGUUCAGGUUUGGAGUCGGCUGCAGCAGAAGGAUUUAAAGCGAGCAGAAAUGCGGGGAGAGCGCAGCGAGCCGCCAGCGUCCGUCAUGAAGAUCUGAGCUCCGCCGCCCGCCGCUGCCAUCAGCUCCGAGAGUCAUCUGAAGUCAUACGAUAACAUUGCAUGAGGAGCAAGCAAAAAUAAAAGGAUGGCUUUCCAUGGAUCCUCUCGGCCAACAGUGUGUGGUAACUUGUUUCCUGGUUCAGACUUAGGUCACAAGUAUUUUUGUGUCAACACCACGACCGGCACUACCUCAACGGGCCUCAGCGCUACACCAAAUCCGACCGGACCCAACGCACCCGCUGGGACUCCCAGACACCCGGCGUCUCUUGGGGGCAGCGCAGGUGGAGGGGCGGCCAUCCCGCAACCUCACAGUAACCCAGCAAGCGAGGUUCCAAGUCCUGCUGAAAUGGAGCCUGAUCGGCCUAUCGGUUAUGGUGCAUUUGGAGUGGUCUGGUCUGUGACGGACCCUCGGGAUGGGCGUAAGGUGGCUCUGAAGAAAAUGCCGAAUGUCUUCCAGAACCUGGUUUCCUGCAAACGUGUGUUCAGGGAACUCCGGAUGCUGUGUUUCUUUAAACAUGACAAUGUGCUGUCUGCCCUUGACAUUCUCCAACCUCCACAAAUCGACUGCUUUGAGGAGAUAUACGUGAUCACUGAGCUCAUGCAGAGUGACCUACAUAAAGUCAUCGUUUCCCCUCAGCCUCUCACCACCGAUCACAUCAAGGUGUUCCUCUACCAGAUACUCAGGGGGCUGAAGUACCUGCAUUCUGCAGGCAUUCUGCACAGAGACAUCAAACCAGGGAACCUGCUGGUCAACAGCAACUGUCUGCUUAAGAUUUGUGACUUUGGCCUGGCGCGAGUGGAGGAGCCGGAUCCUUCUCGUCACAUGACCCAGGAGGUGGUGACGCAGUAUUACCGUGCUCCGGAGGUUCUGAUGGGAUGCCAGCAUUACACUUCAUCGAUAGAUGUCUGGUCUGUAGGCUGCAUCUUCGCAGAGUUGCUGGGCAGGCGUAUUCUUUUCCAGGCUCAGAGCCCCAUACAACAGUUGGAUCUGAUCACUGAUCUCCUCGGGACUCCUCCUCUUUCUGCCAUGGCAUCCGCGUGUGAAGGAGCGCGAGCGCACAUUCUUAGAGGACCCCACAAACCACCCUCGCUGUCUGUUCUGUACAUGUUGUCAGAUGGAGCAACACAUGAAGCUGUUCAUCUUUUGUGCCGCAUGCUAGUUUUUGAUCCAGCUAAGCGCAUCUCGGGCAGUGACGCUCUGUCUCAUCCAUACUUGGAUGAGGGUCGUCUGCGGUACCACACCUGCAUGUGUAAGUGCUGUUACUCUGUGCCCAGCGGGAGGGUGUACACCCGAGACUUUGAGCCGCCUGCGGAUCGACCUUUCAGCCACAACUAUGAGCAGAGCAUGCACUCCGUCUGGCAGGGCAAAGAGCUCAUCCAUCGUUUUAUAACAGAGCACCAGCAAGGCAAACGAGUGCCUUUGUGCAUCAAUCCCCAGAGUGCAGCUUUCAAAACCUUCAUUAGAUCCACAGCCUGGCAUUCCUCAAAAGUAUCAAGGAAAGAAGAGAGAUGAGGGAUGAGGUGGAUUCUGGGAAAUGUGAAUCAUAGGAGCAAGCAUGCUUUGGAGAUGAAGAUGGAUCACAUGCUUUUGAAUGAACUCUCAGCACUCAUUCCAAUUCAACAUGGGGAUUUCUCAGAAAAACACGUUUUUUCCAGAUCCACUUACACGACACUGAUGAAUAAUGCUUCUGAUGCUGCUGAGAACACUUUUAUACUGACUGUGUGCUUGAGGAUUACGGGAAAUAGAAUUUUCCACAGGAAAAAAAAAGAAAAUGGAUUGUUGAAUAUGACUAAAUGAGCCAACGUCAAUGUUGUGCAAUACAGAUAUCUGGAAUAAUGCAAAUGACGAGACUGCGCUGACCAUGAUUUCACUAACAGAUGAGAUGACAGUGCCCACAAGUCCAUAGCAUCGCCCCCCGCGGCCAUCUUCAAUCUGCCGCUGUAUCUCCAAACUCUGUGUAUAGACUUUUAUCACUGUGUUCCUUUUGCGGGUUCUUAGGUUUUAUUCUGAAAAUUCUGGUAACCAAAAGUUCUUAAAUCUUCUUACUUUGUUACUGCUUCCUCAUUCAGCUGAAUGCUUUCUGUUCGAUAUCACUCAGAUUUUCUACUUUUUUUUUUUCUUUUUUCUUUGCUGUUAUAAUUUAGUUUUUUGGGGGGAGUUUUAUUGUGCAAAUUCCUUUGUAACUUCUCAACAUUUCUUUUGAAGCAUCCUGUGCAAAUGAUCCCUGAGCAAAUGCAUUCGGGUUUUAGAGUUGUAUCAGAACGCUGUAUAGAGAUGAUGUACGUACGUGUUUAUCUGUGGAAAAUAGGUACUGUGGCGUUCCCACCUGAAGCAUCUUCCCAAAGGUCCCGCCCCCCUCCUAGGACCAAACGAGAUCGAUAUAAGUAUCCUGCUCUCUGAUUGGGCGAGGCUCUGUAGGCAGAGAAGAUAGAUUGAAUAUUAUUUAUUUUCUCUUUUUAAUUUAUUGUCGUCUUGUCCAGCUUGUUUGGUGUUUGUGUUUGGCGGACCAGGUGCGUGGGUUUCAUGGCGGCAUGAGCGAGCCAUCUGGUCCGUGAGUGUUGUUGAAAAACUGCAGUUUCGGAGAGUUUAGGGAAUGUGCAGUGUUGUACUUUUUUGUUUUUUUUUGUUUUUGGGAAUAUUUCAUUACCUCAACUGGCCCUCAUUUCACUGGGCUGGUGUAUAUAGACUGAACCCAAUCGUUUAUCAAAAAUGUACUGUAAUGCAGUCGAAUGACGUCAAGUGUGUGUGUGUGUGUGUGUGUGUGUGUGGAGCUGCUCCACUGGGCCGCAGUCUCUCUCUGAAUCCAUCUGCUUUUCUUUUUCCUUCAGAGCGGAUUGUCGUGACGGUGUGGCUUAUGGUUAAUUAUUAGAUAGUUGUUGGGGAAAUGCUGCUGUUUGUGUAAUACCUCCAAAACCUCCCCGACUCAUUUGUAAAAGUAACACGUCUAGAGCUCAGGUUUCAUAUUAUACAAUAUGGACUAGACUGUAGACACUGUAGACGUGGGUCCAGGCAGUCGCUGGUGCUCUCUGGGUUUAUUGCAGAGAGCUGAAUACUCAAAAAUGCCCAGUACUGUAAGCGUUUGCCUCCUACCACCAGGUGGCAACACAAGCGCAGGGCACGAUUGGAUGUAUCAAGGCAGUUAUUGCUCAUCAAUAAUGUCUCUCAAUGCAUGUGUGUAUGGACUUCACUUGGAUUUGCAAUUGCAGUGCAUUAGGAGUUUUAUUUUAGAAAUGUUUAUAAAUGUGCUGUUGCUAUUUAAUUUUAUUAUAGGAACUUUUUUUUUUCUUUUUUCCGCCAUGUAUUGUGACCAAUAUUUUUUUUUUUUGCUUUUGGUUUAUAUUUUUUGUUUCUUAAGUUGAUGUUGUUUUUAUGACCACUUUUGCUAUUGUGUUGGUAGAAAAACUAGCAAAACAGUGACGGGAAUGAAGAUCAGUGGGUUGGUUCAGUCUUACCGACUGCCAAGCAGAAAGUGAACAUUUUAAGUAAAUGGUGAAUUUCUUUUAGUCGUAAGAUAGAUGUUAGACAUUUUUAAGAAAUUCAAAACUUGAUAUUCGUGUUAAUGACUAUUAUGGCUUUGAUAAAAUGAUUGAACAGUUGUUUUAUGAUGGUUAUCUGUUUUGUUUUUUUUUUCUCUUUCUUUCUUUCUUUUUUUGUCUUUGCAUUUUAGAAGGAAAAAAAUGUUUUUGGACUUUUUGUGUUCCCAACAAAUACUUGAAGUUUUUAAGAAAAAAAAAAAAAAGAGACAUUGAUUAGGAUAAAAUAGACAUUAAAGAGACAGACACUGGAAACCAUGCGUCUGCAUCUUAUUGGUUUGUCGUUGCAAAUAUUGCACAGAACAAUGGUAUUUCAUUUACAAAGAUUUGAAGAGGUUUUGAUGUUUUGCAACUAUGGGGUGUUGAGAAUCAGCAUGAAAUGAAAAUUCUUCCUAUGAGUAAAUGAUCUAUGCAUGUGUUUUUGUUUUUUUUGAUUUCGCUUCGUAAUGUUCAAUCAAAAUGUCAUAUCUGGCCCUGCCCGUGAAAACGAACUUUGUCGAACUGUCGCUACUUACAUUUCAUCAUGACCUUAAAGUUAUGUGAUUUAAAAGUUUACUUAACCAAACUCAAGAUUAGAUUUUUUUUUAUUUUAGUAAAGGUACUCAAUAUUUGCUUUAUCUGUUAAUGACUAUAUAAGUAGUAACAUCUGUAGCUAUAAUUUAUAGGUUAUUUCUAAUAAUUCACAUGACAAACUUAAAUAUACAAAAUUGGUCACAAAUGACUAGACUCUUACAAUAAAUAA